AUGUCUGCUCAAAUUCUUACUUAUGAGGAGGUUUCCAAGCACAACACUAGAAAUGAUCUCUACAUGAUCAUUGACAAGAAAGUGUAUGAUAUCACUAAAUUUUUGGAUGAGCAUCCCGGUGGUGAUGAGAUUUUGAUCGAAGAAGGUGCAAGAGAUGCUACUGGACCAUUUGAGGAUGUCGGUCAUUCUCCUGAUGCUCGUGAGAUGCUCGAGAAAUACUAUGUUGGUGAUGUGGAUCCCGCUUCAACACCUGUCAAGGUGGAAGCACCAGUUUUAGCUCACACUGCCAAUGGACAAGGUGGAAAUCCUCUUCGUAUCAUUAUUCCCGUAGUUUUCUUCCUUGGUUACUUUUACUGGCGUUUCUUUAUCCACAGCGCUUAA